CACCACGACCCCCACGACCACCAGAAAGACAACCAUGGCCCACCCUCCCACCACCAGCUUGGCUCGACCUUGGCCCACAGCUCUAGCCCCAGUCACUCAGCGACCCCUGGUCAGCACUGCUCCCCAAACCACCCAGCUUCUGGCCACAGAGCCACCAGAAACAAAGCCAAGUCAAGAAAGGCUUUUUGUGCUCCUCACAUUGGUGCUGGGUCUGCUGCUCAUCCCCAUGGUGCUCUGGUGGGUCUGGUGGUUGUGCUGCAGGACGCCAGAGAAAGAGCCACCACCUACACCCACGCCAAAGAAAGAGCAGAGAGCCAAGAAGCCCGCGCUUUCUCGUCGCCGUGCUCCUACAGCGCCCCCUCUUCCUGGUGCUCCUCCUCCCGCAGUGCCGGCCCCAGCACCCGCACCACCACCUGUCAGCGUGUGCCCCACCAUAAUCGUGUGCUGCUGUGCGAGCCGUGGCGUGUGUGUGAACAGAGGCCCUGAGGGCACCUUCAUCUUAUGCAACUUCAGUCACCCCAGCUGCCACCAGGUGCCACUGAUGUGGUCUCCAUCCAGUGACCAGGGCAGCUGCACCAAUUUCAACCUCCUGAAGUUGCUGUCAGCUCAGGGCCCCUGGGACCCCAGGAUUGACCUUCAGCCCAGUCUGGACAGCCUUCCUAUGACCUACUGCUCCCAGUGCCACCACCCUGAAGCCUGGAGGGCCAGGUCUCCCUCCAGGAUGCUGCCCCUGCUGCACCCCCCUGCCCUGACAUCCUGCAGACCCACCCUGUCACUCCCACCCCCAUAG